GCGAGCACGAUGCGACAGAUGAAUCAAAAUCUCCCUUUCUUUUUUCACAAAAAUACUGAGAGAAAUCACGGCUCGCUAUUUCACCAGUAGCCCCCGGCUUUCGAAUACAUUAGAUCAGGACAAGGACAUGUUCUUCAAGGAGUUCGAUUUAACCCUGCACCACUCUUGACGUGGUCAAGACGGAGUUUCUUAUAGAAUGCGACCGGGAUCCUUCCGGAAAUCUAGGUUGGCUGGGGAUGGCAGAUUUAGUGAUGAGCCAUUAUCUGCAUCGACAUGCAGGCCUCUUCGCAUACGGUUGGGAAUAUACUCUGUCUGGCGUCUUCGUUCCGAUCGAUUAUUAGUCUCCCAAGUUCACGUUCCGUCUAUCAAUCGAGAACUGUGUUGAGGAUAGCGACAUUCUCGACGUUUCCUACUCAACAAAACGUGUUGCCACAAGGAAAAUUAUCGAAAAACAUGGAGACCAUCAGGAAUACCGUUGCGGAGAACUUUGGCGGCAGAGCUCAAGGCGUUGCUACCCAUAAGUUCAGUUUGGACCAAGUUCCUGACCUAACGGGCAAGGUUGCCGUGAUCACAGGCGGAAGCGAGGGAAUCGGCUACGGCUGCACCUACACGCUUUUGAAGAAUAACAUUGCUAGGGUCUACAUCCUUUCUAUUUCGGAAGAAGUCGUUAAAGGUGCCAAGGGCGCCAUUGCGAAAGAUCUCGGCCAAGAAGCGGCAGAUAGAACGAAAUGGAUGCAGUGCGACAUGUCGGAUUGGCCUAGAGUGAAGGAUAUUGCUGAUGAUGUCACAAAAGAUAGCGACAGGCUCGACAUCCUGAUAAACAACGCGGGAAGAGGAAUCAUGACUUAUCAGCUCACCGAUUAUGGGGUCGACAGACACAUGGCCGUAAACCACAUGGGGCACGUGGUCCUCACGUCUCACCUACUCCCGUUGAUUAAAAAGACAGCAGCAAAGGGAGAUAUCGUGCGCAUUUCCAAUCAGGCGAGUAACGCACACCAGGCAGCGCCGAACGACACGAAAUUCGAGAAUUUGGAGGAGCUGAACCGCGAUCUCGGAGCCAAUGCCCAGUACGGACGUAGUAAACUUGCUAACAUCCUAUACUCGAGGUGGCUUGCACGGAAUGUGACGAACGCGGGUCAUCCCAGGGUACUCAUCAACGCAACUCAUCCAGGAUUUGUGAGUACGAAAAUGAGCAAGGAGGACAUCUUCGAACCCUUUCCUCUUGGCGGAUACGCAAUGGCUGUUGGCAUGGAACCUUUCAAAAAGAACCAGUUCGACGGUGCGGUCUCGACAAUGUUUGCUGCGACAUACGCCCGAGAUUCGGGACAGUACAUCUGUCCACCAGCCGUCCCAGAGCCGGGAAGCAAGCUUUCACAAGACGAGGAGCUUGCAGAUAGGUUAAUGGACUUGACUUGGAAAGUGGUAACUGAGAAGACGAAACAUGAAUCGGUUAAGCGGGGAUGUCCUCUUGAUGAUCUCAUUAUGAGUUAGAUGGAUAAUAUGGGAGUUGUUGGCCUUGGUCGUAUAUACGUGAUCCAGGUUCUUUAGUAUUAGGUGUUUUCAUUUUGAUAGGACGUCGGGUGAAUCGAUGCAGACGGUUUCAGUAGUAUGUAGUAUUUUGAACAAUGGCCAUCUUAUGAACACCAUCCCUCAUAAUACCCAGGUCGGAACUCGUAAUCAAAACUUAAGGAAUUUGUCCGUUGUGAAGUUCAUGUUUCCAAAAAUAAAU